AGCAACAAACAAACAUAAAGCAGAGACGGACAGCAACACAGAUCAAGAGUUAUCUUACAGAUGGCUAGCUACAUGGGUUAACUUUGAAAAAUGAAAAUCAAAACUAUCGUUUAAUAUACCUUGCAGUUCCACCCUAAUGAAGGAGCUCCGUCCUGGCUGAUUUUGGGAGAUGGGAGUACUCAACAUUACAGACCAGCCUCCACUGGUCCAAGCGGUUUUCAAUCGGAAUGUCGAUGAAAUUCAACAACUAUUGCACAACAAGAACGAGGAUGUCAAUGCACUGGACCAAGAGCGCCGUACGCCGCUACAUGCUGCUGCUUGUUUGGGGGAUGUUCAUAUAAUGGACCUCUUCAUCAAUGCAGGUGCAAAUGUAAAUGCUAAGGACAAUGUGUGGUUAACUCCAUUGCACAGGGCAGCUGCCUCCCGGAAUGAAAGGGCAGUGGGACUACUUCUGCGGCAGGGAGCUGAGGCCAAUGCACGGGACAAGUUCUGGCAGACACCACUGCAUGUUGCAGCUGCCAAUAGAGCCACACGCUGUGCAGAGGCCCUGCUCCCCCAGCUGAGCAAUCUGAACAUGGCAGACCGCACUGGCAGGACCGCCUUGCACCAUGCUGCUCAGAGCGGAUACAUGGAGAUGGUGAAGUUGCUGCUGAAUAAAGGGGCCAACUUGAGUGCCAAUGAUAAGAGAGAGAGACAGCCUAUCCACUGGGCAGCGUACUUGGGGCAUCUGGAGGUGGUGAAGCUGCUAGUGUCUCGGAGUGCAAACAAGGGCUGCAAGGACAAGCAGGGCUACACCCCUCUCCACGCUGCAGCUGCCAGCGGACACAUUGACAUCGUCAAGUACCUUCUGAGGCUCGGGGCAGAGCUGGAUGAGCCCAAUGCCUUUGGGAACACUGCGCUGCAUGUGGCCUGCUACACAGGCCAGGAGGCUGUGGCCAACGAGCUGGUGAACCACGGAGCUAACGUCAACCAGCCCAACAGGAGUGGCUACACCCCACUGCACCUGGCCGCUGUAUCCACCAACGGGGCCCUCUGCUUGGAGCUGCUGGUCAACAACGGGGCUGACGUUAACCAGCAGAGUAAAGAAGGGAAGAGCCCCCUGCACAUGGCAGCCAUUCACGGACGCUUUACCCGCUCUCAGAUCCUCAUCCAAAACGGUGGAGAGAUUGACAGUGUGGAUAAAUAUGGCAAUACCCCCCUCCAUGUUGCUGCUAAAUACGGUCAUGAGCUGCUGAUCAGCACUCUGAUGACCAACGGUGCAGAUACUGCCAGACAAGGGAUUCAUGGGAUGUUCCCGCUGCACCUGGCUGUGCUCUAUGGGUUUUCAGACUGUUGUCGCAAGCUACUCUCCUCUGGUCAGCUGUACAGUAUUGUUUCAUCAAUGAGUAAGGAGCACGUUCUAUCAGCCGGGUUUGACAUAAACAUCCCAGACAACUUUGGAAGGACCUGUCUACACGCUGCUGCCUCUGGAGGAAAUGUUGAAUGUCUGAACAUGCUCUUAAGCAGUGGUACCGACUUGAAUCAGAGGGACAAGUCAGGAAGGACUCCGUUGCAUUAUGCAUCUGCUAAUGGGAGGUACCAGUGCACCGUGACCUUAGUGAGCGCUGGCGCUGAGGUCAACGAGCCUGACCGUACAGGCUGUACUCCGCUGCACUACUCUGCUGCCUCCCAGGCCUUCUGCAGAAUGGACCGACAUUUCCCUGGGACUCUUCAGAGGGAGGAGGAUGGAGCGAAGGAGUCCUAUUUUAGUUGCUUGGAGCAUCUGUUGGACAACGGUGCCGACCCAUCCCUGGUCAACUCUAAAGGUUACAGUGCUGUUCAUUAUGCUGCUUCCCACGGCAACAAGCAGAACCUUGAACUGCUCCUGGAAAUGUCGUUUAACGCAUUGGGAGACAUUGAGAGCAGUAUUCCAGUGAGUCCAUUGCAUUUAGCUGCUGAUAAUGGCCACUGGCAGGCGCUGCGUGUGCUGACGGAGACUGCUGCAUACGUGGACGUGCAGGAUGCUUCGGGCCGCUCUGUGCUUUACCUGGCCUCCCAGAGAGGUUACGCUCGCUGUGUAGAGGUCCUGCUGGCCCAGGGGGCCUCCUGCCUCCUCAACGAGAACAGACACAUGUGGACCCCUCUACAUGUCGCAGCUGCCAACGGCCACACUGAAUGUCUGCAAAUGCUGGUGGACAGUGGGGAGGAGGCAGACCUUACCAACAUCACAGACACACAGGAACAGACUCCUCUGAUGCUGGCCAUCCUGGGUGGCCAUACAGACUGUGUCCACCUGCUGUUGGAGAAGGGGGCCUGGCCUGACGCCAAAGACAAGAGGGGCAGCACUGCCCUGCACAGAGGGGCUGUGUUAGGCCGUGACGACUGUGUCACAGCCAUGCUGGACCACAAGGCAUCUGCACUGUGUCGGGACGGCCAGGGUCGUACCGCCCUGCACUACGCUGCCUCCCGCGGCCACACUGACAUCCUCGCCAGUCUGCUGCGUGCCGCCAUGCGCUCCAACCCUCUGGACUCCCUAUUGGACCAGGAAGAGUACACGCCAUCACACUGGGCUGCUUACCAAGGGCAUGAAGACUGUUUGGAGGUUUUACUUGAACACAAAACUUGUAGUAUCCAGGAGGGAAACUCCUUUACCCCAUUGCACUGUGCUCUAAUGAAUGGCCAUAGUGGAGCUGCAGAGAUGCUGUUGGAAUCUGCUGGCAUACAGAUGGUUAACACCAGGGAUACUAAAGAAAGGACCCCUCUUCACGCCGCAGCGUGUGCUGAGGAUGUGGCGGGGCUGCAGCUUGUCCUACGCCACGGAGCUGAGAUCAACGCCGUGGACCACACCGGACGCUCUGCUCUCAUGGUCGCCGCCGACAACGGACAGAGUGGCACCGUGGCUAUCCUCCUGCACCGAGCCAAGGCUGACCUUACACUGCUGGACGACAAUGGAAACACUGCCCUGCAUCUGGCCUGCAGCAAGGCUCAUGAGAUGUGUGCCCUGCUGAUUCUGGGGGAGAUCCAUAACCCUACCCUCAUCAAUGCAACCAACGCUGCACUGCAAAUGCCGCUGCAUCUAGCAGCACGCAACGGUCUGGCCACUGUGGUCCAGGCACUGCUGAGUCGAGGAGCCACAGUGCUGGCAGUGGAUGAGGAGGGCCACACUCCAGCCCUGGCCUGUGCCCCCAACAAGGAUGUAGCGGACUGCCUGGCUCUGAUCCUCUCCACCAUGAAGCCUUUCCCUCCUCUGGACCCUUCCUCCUGCCCCUGCUCCUCUUCCUCCGUCUCUGUCUCCCCCGGUCUCAACCUACUGAAGCAUUGCGGCAUCACUGCUGCCUGCACGCCGCUGCCCAACGGAGGCCUCCACCAUCACCACGGCUACGUCAAGGACCGCCAUGCCGCUGUCGGCCUGGACGGGUGCCUUUCUGAGUGAAGUCAUCCUAUAUCUACGGUCUGACACCACUACUACCACCACCACAGGGUGGCCUGUGUGUGUGUGUGUGUGUGAGCGUGCGUGUGUGAUCUUCUCUUGAAGUGCAGUCAAACCUAUAAUGCAAAUGGGGCCCACAGCAUCUAUCUAUCCCAACUCUGUAGUAGUUAGUGCUUAACACUGAGACUGAUUGUUCUUUCUGUAAGGUCACUGGAAUACUGCUUUGUCCCAAAAUGGUUGCUAUUAACAUCCACAAAAUCCCUAAAUCAUCAAUCCCUUUAAAUAAUGUCCCGCAAAUAGGUACUCGUCAUUACAGAAAAAUGACUGUCAGCUAAAAGCACUGUUUAUCCUCUUUUUAUGUUGUCUUUUGUUGAGUCACUUUUUUCUCUUCAUAUCAUUCAGUAUUUAACAUCCUAUGAUGUGCUGGCCUUGUAGAGAAAUGCACAGACUUCCUAAAAUGAGAACGAUACAACGGGUUAUAGUAGAGGACUUGAUGAAGGAACCAUACAGACAAAGUCCUGCCCAAAAGUGCAAUGCUAAAAUAUGAUUCUGACUUUUUUUUAAAGGAUUAUAAUAUGUACCUUCUGUAGUAACCUAUAUUUAAACUUUUGUCAAUUUUUCAGGGGCAUUUUCAUAGAGAAUUUCAUAGUGCUGCUAAAGUUUGAAAGAUUAAUAUGUAAGCAUGUCUCCUUGCAAAGGAGAACAAUGCUCAGGUUGGCAUUUUAGCAUAAAUUUACUCUCAAUGCUGAAGUAUUAUCUAGAACACUAUUUUGUGUUUACUACGUGAGAAUUUGGUUUAAAGCAUAUACAUUACGACCAAAGUUGAUCACUGCUAUGGCUGAAAAAAUAUUUAUUUUAGAAAUAUUUACAGAGAAACAUAGAUGUUGAGAUACCUCUAAGUCAUUUUGCAGCUGCUGAAUGGCUAGACAGGGAGAGUAGUAGCAAUGAGGCCUUGGUUAUUUAUUUGAAGUCUUUGGGAGCGGGCUCGCCCCAUUGCACUUCAGCAAAGCCUCUUGUUUUCUGAGCACAUUCUCUUGAAAUUCUAAGAUUACUGCUCAGUGAUAAUCUUACAAGCCAUUUCAAUUGAUUUCCCAGUUUUCUUUUCUUAUGUCAUUCCCAAAACUUUUUGGUACAUUGAAUUAGAAUUGCCUUCAGAGAGGAAUCGUAUUUGUAUUAUUUCCCAAAAUGUUGUCAUUGGUCAAUCUGAAAUGUUACUUCAGCCAUUUUAGAGCUGGAGCAAUACCACUGUUACUCUCUAUCAAAAAGCUUGUAUCUUGUCUAGUACGAUGGUCAGUUCUCGUAUGAGAUUGAAACGCUGGACUGACAGUGCUCUUCCGUUUCGUUUUUGUUGAAUUUAAGCAAUAUUUAAUUUCUGGCCUUUUGAACGUUAUCAAAAAGACAAUCAUAGUCUCAAGGGCUUUUGUUUCCUUGGAAAUCUUGUUUGAUGUUCACUUCAUUUGUUUGAAUACUGAUACUAGCAACAUGGAAAUGAUCUAUUCUAGACUAAUGGCUGAAGUCUGCGUCCAAGGCAUUUUUUGCUCGGUGCCUAGAAAAAAAUGCAAUUGAUUGCCUCCAUGGCAUCCCAUUAAAUGCCUUCAGAUCCAUAUGACAUCAUGGCAGUAAGGAUUCAGGAUGGCAUGAUAUGACGAACCCUAGGGUCUCAUCCACUUGGUAGCAGAGAAGCAUUGGAUCCUAGUCAGACCUGUUCAUCUGGUGAGAAUAUGAUUCCUUGGUUGGGCUUGAUUGUUCAUGUCUCCGGACAGAAUUCAUGACUAACAAGAGACUUGAAAGCCUAGUAGGUAUGUAGGGUUACUUACUGUAGGAAGGAACUGAGAGGAAACUAAUGGCCAAUAGUAGUACUUGUGUUUUUAGUAAAGCCGAAAAGUGUGAAAUUCCUUUUUUGGUAUGUUGUAUUGUUUUUAUGUGUGUAUCUUGUCUGGUGGUACUACAUACAUUGUAGAUGAUUGUAUCAGACCACUGGAGCUCUUUGCCUGACUUAAUUUAAAUAUUUUAACAUGACCAUUUCUAUUACAUCAUCAGAGGAUCAAUACAUUUCAGUGAUUCACUGGGACUCAUUUACAUUUUCAAUUAAUACUUCACCACAACAUUAUCUCUUGAUGAAUGCUAAAUGACAUGCAUUAGUUCUGGAUGAGAAAGAUGAGGACCUAAUAUCAUAAUGAUACCAGAGUAGCAAGUCAUGUUGUGCCCAAUAGUCAGUGUUGUCUGGGGGAGAGGAGGAGCAAAGGUUAGUGUAUAGUCUUUGGUGUCAUAAUGUGUAAAGGGGGAAUAGUCUCGGGCUGUGUGGAACAAGGAACCAAAUUACAUGGAUUGAUAACAAACAGGAAAAUCAUAUUGGCAUUAUUUUGUUGUAUGCAUACUACAAUGCAGUUCCAUUCAGCCCUGAUCCAAGGCACUUAUUGAGAUAGUUAAGCACUUUAACACAUUCAGCAUAUUUGUGUGCAUAGUCUGAAUACAUGCAUAUGUAUAGUUACAUACAUAUGUGUUGUAGCUAAAGUGCAAAAGACAGGAAAAGAUUGCAAGGAUUGUAUACGCUGCUUCAUUGACUGAGAUUUAACUUCAAAACUCUAAAGCUAAAAAGAUCUCAUGGUCCAAAAUGGUCAGUCCACACAACAUGGUCCAAAAUGGUCAGUCCACACAACAUGGUCCAAAAUCCAGUUAUCACAAUGGGGUUUGAUCGAUGCCAGUCCAGGGUCCACUACUAGUCCUUAUGGUUAGUCCAGUGAUUUAGCUAGGCUUACUUUCACCAUGCUUGCAUCCUCAGGCUCCUCACAUAACUCCACACUGAGCAGAUGUAUGUUGUUCAAUAGAGACACUGAUUACCUCAAUCAUCCAACCGCAGGUGUGUCUGGCUAGCAGGUCAGGUUCAUGUUCCCCUGCUCAGACACUGCAUACAUCAACCAAUGGUUGCGUGCCACGUCAUCGACUGUGCCGUCGGGCACC